AGCGCAACCGUUUCGGCCCGCCACAGGACUGGUUCGCGGCACCCGUGCGCAUUUGUAACACGAGAAAUGUCAGGGAGGCUCGCGCUGUCGCUGGCCCUUCUGGGGCUGGCAAGCGGCGGGCGGCCCUCCGCCAGCAAGGAGUCCAUCUCCAUGAGGCUCUUGAAGGACGGGAAGUUGGUCUUGGAGCACGACGAAGCCCCCCACGGCCGGCAGCACCGCGGCGUGCCGCGGCUGGGCGCCCAGGAGGGCGUGCCCGCCGCGCUGGCGGAGCCCGCCGCGGCGGCGCCGGCGUCGGCGCCGGAGCGCGGGGUGGCGAUCCUGGAGCGCGCCGCGGCGCCCGAGGUCCCGGGCCAGGACAGUUUUUUGGAGUACCUGCACGAGUCGCUCUCCCCCACCGCUCUUGAUGAGGUGCUGCGGAUAGCGACGCAGCUGCAGGCGAAGCAGGCAACCUCCCUGGCCGAGACGGGCAUGGCCGGCCAGGUGUUGACCACGAAGCCAGACCCCAAUAUGCCUACGCAGAAUAUCCAAUCGAAGCCGAAAGGCUUCUCGGAGAAUCUGUGGGGACUGUACCAGAAAGCUUUCAGUAUUCUGAAGCCGCUGCGCGGCGGCCACUUGAACGUAGUGGCGACGUUCGCGGCCAUGGGGCUGGGUCCAGAAAAUUGCAUCCUGAAGUUGGCUUACAUCCUAACAUCCAUGAAGACGAGGACGACUACCCGUACCUCCCUCAGGCUUGCGGCGCUGACUUCGCCUUCAGUGUGGGUGGCCCUCCGGCAUAAUUAGCCAUUGCCGCGCUAUCGCCAGCGAGCGAGUGCCAAAGCCGCGCCGGCGCUCCCGUUCGUCCUCCGAGGGGGGGGCGACGAGGAGGGGAGCGAGGAAGACGAGAACGAGAACAUCAGAAACAGGUUGGAGAGUGGGAGCGAUAGAAAGACUUGUGGACGCCACUGUGAAGGAUCGACCUGCCCUAUCGCAGGAUGGCUACCCAUACCUCCCGCAACACUGCGGCGCUGGCUUCGCCUACAGUGCGGCUGCUCCGGCAUAUCCACAACCGCCCUUAGCCAGCGAGCGAGCGCCGUAGCUGCGCCGGCGCCCCCGCUCUUCGUCCAAGGGGAGGGCGAGGAGGAGAGACGGGGAGGAGGCAGCGGAUCAGGGCACGGCGGCAGCACGCUCGGGGUGCUCGCCCCCGCGGCGGCACCUUCCGCGUGCCGGCCCGUGCCGGCCAGAAGCCACGAGGACCCGGUGUCGUUGUGGACACAGGCGGCAUUCGAGGCACGUCUCGCCGCAGUGCCGCGACCUUCGCUGGAAAGAGCCCGAGACCCGUGCUCUCGCUGACCGCCCUUGUUGUUGCUGCUGCUGCUGCUGCUCUUGUUGUUGUUUUUGCUGUUGUUGCUGUUGUUGC